CGACGGUGAACCCGCUGCAGCGAUGACGUCACGGCCAAUAGGAAGCGCAGGAAGGUCACGUGGUCAGAAAGCUGAGAGGAGCUGCAGCAGGUGGAGGUGAUGGGGGAGUCUCGUCUUAUCGUGGAGGAACUGCUGUCCGUCUGUCUUCAGAGGAUCACCAUGGAGGAAAACACCGCCAACACAGAGAGAGAGUUAGUAGAAGUGGUGAGGAACUUUGAGGCAGCGAGGAAACGAUGGCUGCAUGCUGAGUUGGAGCUGAAGAAAUAUAAAGAGCUGCUGGUGAAGUCUGACGUUUCUAAAGCUGCUCUGGAAGUGAAACUGAAACACGCUCGCAACCAGCUGGACGUGGAGAUGAAGAAACGCUACAAGGUGGAGGGAGACUACCAGUACCUGCAGCGACAGAUGCAGCUCAUGUGUGAUAUUCUGGUCCACGACAGUAAAUCCAGCGCGUGUUUGAACGAUGAGCAGAAGUCUCUUCUGGCGACGUUCGAACAGAAAGCGGGGAAUCUGACCAUGCACCGGAGCAGCAAACGGUUGCGCGUGAUCGACGAGUCGUCUUUCCUGUCUCACUCUGACAUUAGCUACGAUCGGACAGACGAUGACAUGGAUCUGGACACAACUUUAUUGAAACCUCUGAGAUCCCGAGCCAGAGAGAAGAGGCGUUCGUCGAUGGGUCCGUCGGGCGGGACUUCGGUUUUGAAGCGAGGGAGGAGUGGGAAUGUGUCUGCAGAGCUGCUGGAGAGGAAUACUGUCGAGAAGGAGGUCGUGUCGAUAGUGAAGGCGUCAGUGAGUCCGGACACUGGGGGUCAGAUCCACAUGGUGGUGGGGAUCACACAGGAGACCCCCGAAAACCCAGUCAGGACCAUCACCCAGGAGUGCACCGUUUCACUCGCAGGAGACCAAACCUCGGUGUGGUUUCCCGGAGAUGAGACGGUGCUGCUGCCUGAAUCUGAAGCCGCCGUCCGACAGUCUUACACCUGCACUGCUGAGAAAACCCUGAAACAUGUCUUCCUUUCUAAAACUGUGAUCCGGCCGGAGACGUGCUUGCCGUGCGGGAAGAGGAUUCGCUUUGGGAAGGUGGCGCUGAAGUGCAGAAACUGUCGUACAGUCACUCAUCCGGAGUGCAAACAGUAUCUCGUUGCCGGCUGCUCAGCCGCGUCCACGACGGGAAGUUCAGCACAACAGGACUCGUUGGAGGGUUUUGCUCCUGCGACCCAUCCCAGAGUCCCGCGGCUGAUGGUGGAGUGUGUGGCUGAGAUCGAGAGGAGGGGGCUGGAGGAGAGAGGGCUGUACCGAGUUCCCGGAGGUGAGCGUCUGGUGAAGGAGCUCCGAGAGCGGUUCCUCCAGGGGAAAGCUCCACUCAUGCUUGGUAAAGUCCAGGAUGUACACGUGCUGUGUGGUCUGCUGAAAGACUUCCUGAGGAAACUGAAGGAGCCACUGCUCACCUUCAGACUGCACCGCACCUUCAUGGACGCCUCAGAGCUGUCUGAUGAAGACAACAGCACUGCCAUCAUGUAUCAGGCCAUCGCAGAGCUGCCGAAGGCCAACAGAGACACGCUGGCUUUCCUCAUGCUUCACUUAUACAAGGUGAUGAGCAGUCCUCGGUGUCAGAUGGACCAGAGUAAUCUGGCCCGCGUGUUCGGACCAACCAUCGUUGGACAUGGCAUGUCUGAGCCGUCUCCAACCACCAUCAUGAGAGACACAAACACACAGCCAAAGGUGAUCUGCCGCUUGUUGUCCCUCCCUCAAGCUUUCUGGAGACGCGUCCUCUCCGUCCACACGGACCACAUCUCGUCCUCCAACAUGGCGCCAUGCAGCAGCCAGGACCAGGGACGCGGCCGGUUGUUCAAGCCGCUGACGUCUCCCGAGAUGAACAGCUACAACAAAUCUCACGUCAGAGGAUCGGUGAGACCGAUCCGAAACCAGAGCAACGCUUUCACCGCCAGCACAGCACGAACUGAUCCAGGCAGGAAGUUCUUCACCUCGCCCAGCUGAUCCUCCCUUAUUUUGUGUGUGUGUGUGUGUGUGUGUGUGUGUGUGUGUGUGUGUGUGUGUGUGUGUGUGUGUGUGU